AUGACGGCAGAUUACGCCGUAUUCGCCUCGCCCGACUUUGAGGCCAAUGACUAUGCCAACGCGGUACUUGCCGGCGAACCCUACCCACCACAGCCCGGCGCAACUAAGACAAAUAAGACCCAUGGGCCCGAACCUGCAGCGGAGGACAUUUCAAUUGCAUUGGGAAAGCUGGAUACGGGCAUCGAGGACGUGUCGAAGCAGAUCAAGAACGUCGUCACUGUGCAUCAUGAGGGCUUGCUAGUACAGGCAGCCAGUCUAGGCGACCUUGAGAGCUCAUUCGGAUCCGUGCGGACUGGUUUGGAUGAGCUAGAUACUUCAUUGGACAAGUUACGACUCAAGAUACGCGUCCCUUACCAGUCUAUGCAGGCGAAUGUGGCACGUUUGCAACGAUUGCAACUCGUAGCGGAUGUCCUGCGACGCACGUCACGCUUCGUCGUACUUGCGAAGCGUCUACAAGGUCAAAUGAUCGACUUGGGGGACGAGGGUCGGGCAUCGACACCGAAGAUAGAUGGGAAACCCAACGGCUCGAUCAGUGGACGGAGAAGCGCAACACCGGGGCUGGAGAUUGAGGGCGAGAAGGAGAGGACGCUGGCGCAGGCUGCGCUUAGCGUGGCUGAACUCAACGACCUCCUGGAGACUACAUUGGAGGGUCUACCUUCGUCAGACCCCGAUGCCGACCUGUCGAGUAGUCGAAUAUCACUACACUCCGUCAGCGCAGUUGCAUCAUAUGUGCCUUUCAUCGAAAGCGCGCGAACGAGAGUCACCUCCGACAUGGAGCAAAUGGUCAUGACAGGCUUAGCGGAGACGAACCGAUCUCUGCUCGCAUCAUCACUACAAACAGCCCAUAAUCUCCGCGUGCUGCCCGACCUCGUACAAAAUCUCGUUGCGGAUCUAUCUACUGCCGUGGAGAGCAGGAUCAAGUCCGCCUUUGAUGUAUCUCGUAUAUCCAAGGAGCUGCUCGCGAAAGAUACCGCGCCCCCAUCGACAGGUGUAGCAUACAAGUCACGUAUACGCACAGAGCCAACCAGUCUCACUGCGCCACAAUGGACCAAUGCGCUCUGGGCAAGACUGGCCUCCCUUAUCGAGGACAUGACUGGCGCGUGCAUUAAGGUCUAUAUUCUCGAGAAGGUGCUAAAGCUCAAGAAGGACCCGGUCUCUCAGAUCGUCUUUUUGGACGAAGCUAUGAAGGUCCUCGAGGAUAGGCCCAGCACGACUUACUGGGCCGCGCUCCACCGCUCCCUUGAAAAGCAAUGUCGAGAAGGCGCAAAGAACUCGACGUUCCUCCAACAGACCCUCAGCGCAGGCUACCCCCGUCUCCUCCGCCUCUUCCACGAGUUCUUCUCCAAAAUCGCUGUACACACCGAUACGGUCUACACGCCCGAACACCAAAGCGGCGAGACGGUGCUCAUCCUCCGCGCCCUAUCCAGCUUCGAGAAGCUGUACUUGGCCCGUGUAUCCCAACGGCUGAACGAAGCCGUCGGGCAGGCGUUCGCCGGCGGUGUACGGAAUCCGCCGGGUAUGACGGAGGGCACGAACGUAGCGCGUACGAUGGCGAAUGAGCUCGACUCGGCCAAGUUUGAUCCGUUACUUGUGCGGUCCGUUGCCCGGUCCAUCAAGACGUCGCUCGAAGUCUUCCAUACGCGACUCGACGCCCUCGUCUCUCGGGAUCGACAGGCAACGUCGCUCGUGGGUCCUUCGGCAUCUCCUCAGCUCGCUGAAAAUGCGCUUGUGGCGACGAGCGCGUACACGGCCUGGGCACGCCUGCGCAAGAUUGAAGAUGAGUAUCCUGAGGCUGUUUGCGUGAUCCUUCGGCCAUCCAUCGCAGAGCUUCGUGCGUUGGUGGACCGCAUCGUCGACCCACUCCUCGCGGCCAUGAAGCGCGAACUCGGUGCCACAGUCGCUAGAAUACACACGGCUACCCCACCGGUAGAGAUGGGCGCUUCCUCCGCCUACGUGCAAGAGAUCGUCGAAAAGCUCAACUUCAUCAAGCGCGAGGUCUUUUCUCGAUUCAGGGUGGAAGACGCGAGCCGCGAGUGGACGAUCAGUCUCGCGAGGUUCGUCAUGAAGGUGUUCGUGCUGCAUUCAAGCAUCGUCAAGCCCCUGGACGAGAUGAGAAAGCUGGCGCUGACGAACGACAUGACGGAGAUUGAGUUUGCGUUGAGCGCGUUUAUUGGGGAUGGGCCGAAUGGGAGGAGGGGCCAGACAUUGGAGGUUGUUGGGGAUGAUUACAGAACCCUACGCGCAAUGCGACCAUUACUAUUCCUGGACAACGAAUCCCUCGCUCAACCUACACGCACCAAGGGCCUGCCACCACUCAUAGUCCUGCACCACAUCCUUGUUCGCUCGCCGAUCAGCCUGCCACAUACGUUACACGGCUGGCUCGAGGCAGAGUACGUGCGCUGGUUGGAAGAGCAUAGUGAGGAAGAGGCGUUGACGCUUAUUGAUGGUGGAUUGGCGAGAUGGGAGACUGUCACGGAAAGCGAAGGAGAAGAUACGGAGGCCGCGUUGGAGUAUGUUCAGCUUGCGAGAGCCGUACUGGCGAAUGCUAGAGACACGUAG